UAAUUGAUCGAAGAAAAACGGUAUUCAUAUUAUUUUAAUAAUUUUAGUUUGCACCAUAAUGCAGUGCCGUAACCAUUAAAAAAUAGUUGUCUGUUGCAUCAGAGACGUCAGAAUCUUACGGUCUUUCAAUAUAUCGAUGUGCAACACUAGUACGAAUGCGGCUUUUGUUGUAUAGUUUGCAAAUCGCAAGUAGGCUAGUUAAACGUCAGAGCUAUACACGUGUUUUGUACACUAAACAGCCGGUCAGAAAUUUAACAUUUACUGACAGGUUAACUGAUUUCAGUAAUUGGGGUACUAAAAAAAAACAUAGAAAAGUGGUAUUAAAAUUUGCAUCAGAUAUGACUGAUCCAAAAGUUGAAGAAUCUCUGGCACCGCUUCGUGCGAGUGUCAAGGAACAGGGUGAUCUUGUACGUAAAUUAAAAUCUGAUGGAGCACCAGAAUUAGAUGUUAAGAAAGCGGUGGCAGAACUCAAACUACGUAAGAAGUUAUUAGAAGAUAAAGAAAUGUCACUUAUAUCCAAUGUAGUUACAUUUGAUAGAUCAAGAAUGGAAGAUCUAUUGAAACGCAGAUUUUAUUUAGACCAAUCUUUUGCUAUUUAUGGUGGAAUUACUGGACAAUUUGAUUUUGGUCCUAUGGGCUGUGCUAUGAAGACAAAUUUAAUAAAUGCAUGGAGAAACUUUUUUGUCUUAGAAGAACAAAUGUUAGAAGUAGAUUGUUCUAUAUUAACGCCUGAACCGGUAUUAAAAGCAUCUGGACACGUAGAAAGAUUUGCAGAUCUUAUGGUAAAAGAUGUUAAAACUGGCGAAUGUUUUAGAUUGGAUCAUUUAAUUAAAGCACAUUUAGAAAAAGUAGCGAGUGAUAAAAAGACAGAUGAAAAUACACGUGCAGAAUGUAAAGAUAUUAUAAUUAAAUUAGACGGAAUGACUAAAGAUGAAAUGGCUGCUAUUAUGAAUAAAUAUAAUAUGAAAUCUCCUAUUUCUAACAAUGAUUUAACUGAACCAAUUGAAUUUAACUUAAUGUUUGCAACUCAAAUUGGUCCUUCGGGAUUAGUAAAAGGUUUUUUAAGACCUGAAACUGCUCAAGGGAUUUUUGUUAAUUUUAAAAGAUUAUUUGCAUUUAAUCAAGAAAGAUUACCAUUUGCUGCUGCCCAAAUUGGAAAUGCCUUUAGGAACGAGAUAUCACCAAGAUCGGGUCUUAUCAGAGUCCGAGAAUUUACUAUGGCAGAAAUUGAACACUUUUGUGAUCCCAAUGAUAAGAGACAUCCUAAAUUUGAUACAGUUAAAGAUAUAAGUAUGCUAUUAUAUUCAGCGUGUAAUCAGAUGGAUGGAAAAAGCGCACAAUCUAUUACUAUAGGAGAAGCUGUGUCAAAUGGUCUAGUAGCAAAUGAAACAUUAGGAUAUUUCAUGGCCAGGAUUUAUUUAUUUUUAUUAAAGGUUGGUAUUGACGAUAAAAAAUUACGUUUUCGACAACACAUGAGUAAUGAAAUGGCUCAUUAUGCUUGUGAUUGCUGGGAUGCUGAAUGCCUCACAUCUUACGGAUGGAUAGAAUGUGUAGGUUGUGCAGAUCGAUCUGCAUAUGAUCUUACACAACAUACUAAAGCUACAGGAGUUAAAUUAGUAGCAGAAAAGAAAUUACCAGCUCCAAAAACUGUAGAUGUUUGCGAAGUUGUACCUAAUAAAGUUCUUAUUGGUAAAACAUUUAAAAAAGAUAGUAAAACUGUCCAAGAUAUGUUAUCUAAUUUAGAAGUACAUGACAUUGACAAUCUGGAGAAAGAUAUUAAUGAUAAAGGUGAAAGCGAAUUAAAACUUUCUAAUGAUUCCUUUGUAAAAAUAACAAAGAAUAUGAUAGAAAUAAAAAGAUAUCAAAAGACUGUUCAUGUUGAAGAGAUUGUACCUUCAGUAAUAGAACCAUCUUUUGGCAUUGGUCGUAUUAUGUAUGCUCUCUUUGAACAUAAUUUUAGAGCAAGAGAAGAAGAUGAAAAACGAACAUAUUUCAGUUUACCACCAAUCAUUGCACCUUUGAAGUGUUCAGUAUUACCUUUGAGUGGUCAUGAUGACUUUGUACCAUUUGUGAAAAAGUUGUCACAAAAUCUUACUAAAGUUGAUGUAUCACACAAAGUGGAUGAUUCUUCUGGUAGUAUUGGUCGUAGAUAUGCUAGAACAGAUGAAAUUGCAAUACCAUUUGGUAUAACUAUAGAUUUUGAUACUCUGAAAGAACCACAUAGUGUUACUCUUAGGGAAAGAGAUAGUACUGGACAAGUUAGAAUAAUGUUGGAUGAACUUCCACAUGUAAUCAGAGAUCUCUCAUAUGGAAAGAUUACUUGGGCAGAAGUCGAAGCAAAAUAUCCUAAAUUUGAACAACAAGAAUCUACUACUGCAUAAAACUAAUGAAAAUGCUCUAAAUAAUUUAUUUGCAAAUUAUGCUUUAUAGACCAAACAAUUGUACUAUAAGAUCUAAAGAAACUGAAGAUCUUGUACAUAUUAAAUGUAUAUUAUGAAACUUUUCAUUUUCAUAUAAAUUU